GAGAAUAUUGACAUUAGCAGUGCCUCACAGCUGAAACAAUCUAACACAGUAACGGAGAAAAUAACUGACCAGCAUCCCAACAUGCAACCUCCACCAAGGAAGGUAAAGGAGAGUCAGCAAGUGAAACUUGUGUUCUCAGAGCAGCUCAGUAAGUUGCAGACCAAACAGAAUCAGGACACUGAACUGCUGGAGGAGAUCAGGUCCUUUAGUAAGCAUCGCGCUGCUAUAGAAAAGGAAUAUGGUCAGGCUCUUCAGAGGUUAGCUGUUCAAUACCAGAAGAGAGACUGGCAAAGAGGAAAUACAGAUGCUAUCACUUCUGGAAGUGUGUUUGGUGUGUGGCGGUCAGUGGUAGACGCUACAGCUCAGACAGCUGCAUCGCGACUUGCUGCUUCAGAGGAGUACCGCAGACUGAUGGGACAAGCUUCCAGAAGUUUUCGCAACGCAAAAGACAUGCGAACUAAGAGAGGCCUGGAACAGCUCCAGAGGGUACAGGGUGAAGUGGUGGAUGCUCUGCGGGAGCUGCACAGGCUUAAGAAGAGCUACCACCAACUCAGCCACAUUGCCAGUGUUGCCAGAGAGAAAGCUGCUGAUGCACAGGCAAGAGCCAGAAAGAGUGAACAUGGGAUUUUCCACUUUAAAACAGGACUCCAUAAAAUGACCGCUAAGCUCAGUGCUCGGUUGAAGGAGUGUGAUGACCGUUUCAUUGAAGUUCGUAACGACUAUCUACUGGCGUUAGCAGCAGUGAACGCCCACCACCAAAACUACCAUACUAAUGACUUACCACGCAUUAUGGAGCAAAUGGAUGGUGAUGUUUACGAGGAUUUGAGAAGCCAUUUUACCCUGCUGUGUGGGACAGAAAUGGAUUCCUGUCUGUCCACACACAAACAGUACAGCAAGAUAUGGGAUAGUCUUGUUAAGGUGACCAGAGAGAAAAAUAUCCAGCAGUUUCUACAAGAAACAGUUGCCUUCAGCAAAACAACUGAAUUCCACUUCCAACCUGCUCCAGGUGACAAGGAAUCUUCUCUACAGGAGAUCUGUGCUUCGACAGCUGAGGGAUGUCUGGUUAAGGAGGCCAAGAAAUGGGCUACAAAAGCAGCCAAAGACUAUAAGAUUAUCACCCAUGGAGAGAGGGCUCUACAGAUGUUAGAGAGUCGGUUGAAACUCUUGUCGGGGGAGACAGGGCUCAGUGUGGAGCAGAGGAUAGUGGAGAUGCAGGACAGUGUCAGGAAAGCCAAGCUAGGCAAGGUGAAGGCGGAGGCUCGUCUGGCUCUGUUGUCAGACAGCAUCACAGGAAUUGAACUUUGGCUUCACAACGCCAUGAACCAGGCUGAGGAAGAGCUGGAGAGAGAGAGACGGCUUAGUGAACAGAGGAAGUCAACCGAGGAGUUUUCAGACGAGUUUGAGCUGACUGACUUUGAGGACUUUGAUGAUGAGAAUGUAGACAUCUUUGCAGAUCCAGGCUCAGCAUCUGGAGUGUGCCUUUACCCUGCAGCCUGCAGAGUUAUCUAUAGUUAUCAGGCUAGCCAGUCAGAUGAGCUGUCAAUCAUGGAAGGGGAGGAGCUUCAAGUGAUUGAAGAUGGAGAUAUGGAGGACUGGUUGAAGGUGUGUAACUCAUGUGGCCAGAUUGGCUAUGUUCCUGAGCGUUACGUGCAGUUCCUGUGUCUACAAGCAGAGGACCUUGCUCAACUGGACAGUUCCUUCAGCUCCACCACAUCCACUGGGAAUAAAGAGAAAACAGGGAGCAGAGGCAUAGCCAGAGCUCUGUACUCCUACCAGGCCCAAAGUGCAGAGGAGCUUUCCUUCCAGGAGGGGGCACUAAUCUACCAGAUUCGCUGUCAACACGGAGAGGUGGAUGAUGGUUUUUGGGAGGGAGAGCUGAAUGGACGGAUCGGCCUCUUCCCGUCGUUGGUGGUAGAGCUUGUACAUGAUGAAGGGGAGGAGGAGAACCAAGAGGAGUCUCUUUCUACCCCAACCAUGCCUCCCUUCUCUCCUUCCAUCCCAAUCUCCACAACUCCUGGAUGUAGUUCAGCACUCAAUGCUACCUCCCCUAGCUGUGUGGAGGACAAACAGCAAGCCGUUCCACUGAGGCUUGCAGACGUUACAGUAGAUACUGGGGCCAGCAACCACACAUCUCCAGAUCUCUCCAGCAGUCGACUAAGGCCCUGUCGAGCACCUCCCCCUCCUCCAACACUGAAGCCUUCACCACAACCCUGAAACAAAGACUUAAGUUACUGCCAAGGUUAACAAACAGACUUUCCUCAUUUUGACCAGUAACACUGUUGUGCCUUUCCUUAUAAUACAAGUAUUUAGCAUGUCCUUUGUGUUCUUCAGAAUGGACAGAUCUCAGCUCAAAGCAAGCGUAAAAAACAUACAGCAGUGUUGGAUUUACUCUUAAUUUAUAAAACAUCUCAUAAUCAGAAAAGAAUAAAUAUUUACGAAAAGUGA